GCCCCCCAUGGGAAUCGAACCCACAUCCCUGGCGUUGCAAGCGCCAUGCUCUACCAACUGAGCUACAGGAGGCUACUGGAUGUUUUCAGUAGUGUAGGGUAAAUGCAGUUUACCUGCCUUUUUUCUUUGCCCAACAGUUUACCCACCUUUUGCUGAAAAAUGCAUUUUAAGUAUAGGGAGCAUGAUCAGAGUGGAUCCACCUGCAAUUAUUUAUUUAUUUAUUUUACCACUAAAUCGCUGGAUGUUUUACCACCAACUGACAGUCUGCCUUUACUAUGCAUCUGUGAACUGAGUCUGAUUUAUAGCCCUUCUAAGAAUAAAGGUUAUUUGGUCUGAUAAUGUUGCCUUCCAGAUCUGUUGCAGAGGUUGAAAGUGGAAUUACAAUUUAAUCCGAGUGGAAAAAUCGAAGUGAGAGCGCUCACUCUCCCCAAAAUAUAUCCAGAAUAAACCCAAUACGUUUAUGGGUUUAAUAUGCAGACCUAAACUUGUCGCCUGCCUUCCCGCCUAUGGCGGAGACAUGAGCAUCUCGUCAUAUACAUAUCUCUGGUUUAAUAAACCUUUUACCGCUUUCACUAAACGCCACAAGAGGUCGUUUUUGUCAUAGCUUGGUUGCUAUGCCACCUCCAGUGUCUAGUCGAGACAACCGUGUUACUUUUUUAGUCUGCUGUUCAGUAUGUCUGGCAUUUCGUCAAAGGCGGCGCAUGACGGGUUGUCUGCCAAACAUGAUGGGAAACAAAUCAUACCAUUGGAAAUGUAUAUGUAAACAACAGAGAAGGUAGCUUGUCGGGAUAGAGAGAGUCUGGCUUUACAUAAUUGUUUCAAAGGUGCACAUUCUAAAACGCCUAGAUGCAUUCUCUGUCCAUGGGGCAGGGCUGUAGCAGCAGCUCAGGUGCCCCCUCUGGCUCGGUGGUACAGGUGUGCUUCCCCAGCGCCCAGGCGUCUGUACUGGACAGCCUGAACAGGCAGCGCGAGGAGGGCCAGCUCUGUGACCUCUCCAUCCAGGUCCAGGGGCAGGUGUUCAAGGCCCACCGCUGCGUGCUAGCUGCAUCCUCACCCUACUUUCAUGACCAGGUGCUCUUGAAGAACAUGUCCACCGUCUCCAUCCCUGCCGUUAUGGACCCGCUGGCGUUCGAGAGCAUCCUGAGCUGCGCCUACACGGGCCAGCUGCGCAUGCUCCGCGAAGACAUCGUCAACUACCUCACCGUGGGCAGCGUGCUGCAGAUGUGGCACAUCGUGGACAAGUGCACAGAGCUCCUCAAAGAGGGCCGGGUGGUGGGGAGUGGGGGCGCAGCCCAGGGCGUCAUUGGGGGAGCGCAGGGGAACCCUGGAUGCAGUAGCAGUGAAAGCUCCCUAGGGGCUGGUAGUGCCCAAGCUGGGGGAAGCAACACCCAGCCAGCCCCUCACCCUCCCAGCCGCCCGUCCCUGAGUGAGAGCCAGUCUCCCAGCAGCACCAACUACUUUAGUCCCAGAGACACCAACUUCGGAGGGGGAGCGGCGGCCGCUGGAGCUGCAGGGGAGGGAGGCGUGAACUCCACCCCCAGCUACUGCACCCCUUCUGGGGGCGAGGAGGCCUUCCUCAUCGAAGAAGAGGAUGAAGAAGAGGAAGAAGAGCUCCAGUACCAUAGGAAGCGACGGAGCAGCAGGAAGAAGACGACGACCUCUGUCUCGGACCAAGAGGUUGGAGUCAGCGAUAGCUUCGGGGUGUCGUCCUACCAAGAUGGGGAUGCCUCCCCUCUCCAGAAGCGGCCCACCUACAGCCAGCCCAGCAUCAUGCCCCGGAAACAGUGGGUGGUGGUAAAAACAGAGAGGCCCCAGGACGAUGACCUGAUUGUGGUGUCGGGUGAGGAAGGGCCAGAUGAGGAAGAGGAGAGAGAGUUGGAGAUGUUGAGGGAGAGGGAGAGGACGUUCAACAUAUCCAACAUUAGGACUCUGUCUGGAGAGCUGAGCAGCAAAGCGGACCAUGAAAUGGAGACACAGAUGGAUUACUGCCAGUCUUCUGAAGACUACCUCAAGUUUGACAGUGGUUUGAUGGACCAGACUCCCCCACAGCACCUUCAUGACAGCGCUGGUCAGAGUGGUGGCAGAGCCGUCUCAGCCCUACUUGGCCAAGUCCAGUCUGCUGCUGCUGCUAGAGCUCAGCUCUUUCCCAUAGACAUGCAAGGCAACCAGAUCCUCAUGUACAGCCAAUCCUCUCUAGAUUCCUCUCAACCCAUAGGAAUGGGAGGUGUUAUGGCCGGGUCACCAUUUAAAGGGCCAAACCUGGAGCAUGGAGCGGUCCAUUUGUCAGCACAGGGGGGUUUGGGCGGUGGCUUAGAUGGACUGGACGGGGGUGUUGGCGGGAGUUCAGGGAAGGUGUUCAUGUGCCACUGUGGAAAGACCUUCACCCACAAGAGCAUGCGCGACCGCCACAUCAACAUGCACCUGGACCUGCGGCCCUUCAACUGCCCGGUCUGCGCCAAGAAGUUCAAGAUGAAGCACCACCUGACGGAGCACAUGAAGACCCACACGGGGCUCAAGCCCUACGACUGCCACGGCUGCGGCAAGAAGUUCAUGUGGCGUGACAGCUUCAUGCGGCACCGCUCCCACUGCGAGAGACGUAGCGGGGCGGCUGGCAGGAGCGAGGACGGGGGAGGGUCCGACCGCACUGAUGACAUCUCCCCACAGCACCUCCCUCAUCUCCACCUCUCGACCAGCGAGGCCGGUCAAGGUGCCGUUGGUGGCAGGAGCGGGAUCUCUGUCUUGUCCCCACAUCAUUCCAGUACAGGUAGCAGCAGCAAUGCUGUCUCUUGCCUGACCAUGGCCAGUGCUGGAGCGCUCUUAGGGGUCAACUCUCAGAGCGUGUUGCAGGGUCAAGGUUCAUCUGUGUUUGGUCUGGGGGUCAGCCGAGGUGGGUGUCAGGAGGAAGUGUGUGAGGUUGGUGCUAAUAAUAGUAGUGUCACUUAACCAAACGGGUGAACAACACGAGUGUUUAAGACAAGAGGCUUUGGAGAGGCAUUCCAAUGACCACUGGAAAGUGUCCCCCAUUGGCAAAUGGCUCGGGACCAUUGUACAGUUCAGUAUAUUCUUAAAUGUCAAGUUUAUUCUCUGUAUGACUUUUGUGGCACAUGCUAUGUCAAGAAAACCAAAAAUUAAGAGACAAUGCCUCACCAAUGACACCUUUGACAAAAUGUUAGAGAGGAAAGUUGCUGUUGUAAAUGAUGUGUACUAUAUUAUAUGCCUUUUCUGCCAGAGAAUGUGCAUUUCAAGUAAAAGUGUCUGAAGAAGACACUUGCAGUACUGCCAUCUUGUUUCACACUGGUGAUGUGUCCAAUUGCAGUGCUAUGGUACCGUAUUACUGUAAAUAUAUCCUAUAAUAUCAGUUACUAAUCUGUUACCAUUAUGAUAGGUGCAAAGCUAUACAGUGUAUAGUGUGUUUACAAGUGAUCCUCAUUAAUAUUGAUGGUAGACAAAGCAUUAGUCUGAUAACUGGGUUUCUUACAGAUCAUUCCUCACUCAAACUGCCAAAUUCCAAUGCAUGCCUUGAGAGACAUUGAGUACUAUUAACAGUAGGGUGGCUAAACAAAGCAGUAUCCACCAUGAUUCUGUAUGUUUUUACCAAGGUUUUACCUUCUAUGAAGGCUGUGGAUAUAUUUUUUAUGCAGGAGAAAAACUUGGGAGUUAAGAGAAAGACCUGUUGGCUUUAGUGUUUGUGUAUACUUAUCUGUUAAGUCAUGAUUGGUAAAAUGUAUGAAAGAUGUAGCUCGUGACUGCAGCAGUUUAAUGGAGGAAAUUGCAUUUGAAGUGAGCUUAAACUAAGUGUAUAUAAAGAUAUUUAUGUUUAGAUAGAUUUAUCAAAUAGGGAAUAUAUAACUAUUUAACACUAAUUUAUAUACGUAAUUUGACUGCCUUACUAAACACAUACAGUGGGCGUAGGGUCCGACAUUGACACCCUUGAUAAAGAUGAGCAAAAAAUGACUGUA